UUUGUGGUAGUUGCUGUCCUUGCUUGGAUAAUUGUAGGGAAAAAAAAGUUAAUCUAAUAUUGUGCAGUGUAGGCAUGAGCUGGACAGGAGAUUCUAAAGCGUGUUUGUGUAUCUUAAAAAGUCUUAUAAUGAGGGCUGAGAGCAGGUUUCAAUUAACAAGUAUGAGAGGAAGCGUUUUACAUAGUUUAAAAUGAGCCUGAUUCUAAAUAGGGCCUGCAUGUUUAGGAUAUAAAGCCACAAGAGCUGUCUGCGUUCAGCAAGUUUUGCUUGUCUCGCUAGUAGUCAUUAUGUUUUAAAAGAGGGAAAUGGUUAAGUGGAAGGAUAAGAUUGCAGAAUAUUAUUCUGGUUCUGAAAACACGCAUAGGAAGAUCUCUGUUGCUUGGCAGAUGGACUCUAAGUACCACUGAAUGUUAGCUCUGGAAAUUUCAAAAGCUCUGCAGUAGCUGGGAUGUUGCGACAGAACGGUGACAGCAACAAGCGUGGUUUAGGAUUAACUAAACUGUCUACCUCCAAUUUCUUCCCCAUCUCUAAUACAGGAAACUGGGGUAUGGGGCGCAAUAUCAAAAGUAGUUCUCUGAACAGCAUUAGCUCAAACUUUGAUGGCUAUGACAGCAUGAUUGUGGAUCCAGACUAUAUCAUGCAGCUGGUGAACGAUGUCAGAAAAUUUGCGGAUGUUUUACUGAAUUUGAGAGAAGCCAUUACUUCAGAAAAUCAAAACUGUCUCCAUCAAUUUGUUCAUGAACGUUUGGGUGAGGUGCUUCGUGUAUUAAAGGCAAUAAUUAACAAACAUCCGAAUCUUUAUUCAGUUGAUGUUCUAAGUGCUGCAGGUACAGUCAUUGCAAAAGUCAGAGCUGUGAACUUUAAGGAAAUUAAUGAAGAAAAGAAGCGAGAAGUAUUAAGUGAAAUAUUCUCUUCUAUUGACUUACUGGCAUUCACUUUUGGCAACGCAGUUUCAGACUUCCUUAUGGGAGAUGUGGAUAAUGGCUCAGGACUGGGUCUUCAGGUAUCUCGGCAAAGUCAAUCUUUUGAAAACCUUUGUACAGAUUCUGGAAUAUCAUUACAUGAAGGUGUUCAAUCAACAGGGCACCUUAGUCCUGAAGAAAUUGAUAGCGCUCUUCUAAGAAAUGAUAAUGGAAUCAAAUCUGCUCUAUCCUAUGCUAAAGCAUGGUCAAAAUAUGUAAAGGAUAUUAUUGUAUGGGUAGAGAAAAAGAUUAAUUUGGAAAUGGAGUGUGCUAAAAACCUGGCAAAAGUAGCAGAAACCACGAAGACUAUUAUUUUAUCUCAGGACUACAUGCCAUUCCAGUCAAUAUUCAUAAAUGCAUUUCAAAAUGAUAUAGAGAACAGUCUGCUUUGGCAGCAGACAGCAGUAGCUCUUCAAACUAAUAAAUUUUUACAGCCACUGCUGGGGAGAAAAAAUGAAUUGGAUAGGCAAAGAAAAGAGAUAAAGGAACUUUGGCAACGAGAACAGAAAAAAUUGCAAGAACUGGAAUCAAGUGUAAGGAAAGCAAAACAAUUAUAUCUUCAACGGCAAGAGGAGUAUGAGAAGGCAAGAUCAACCACUCUUCGUGCUGAGGAUGACUAUAUUUCUUCCAAUUGGGGCUUUACAAAAGAUACCAGCAAAUUAGAAAAGAAACGUAAACUGGAAGAGGAAGCUCUCCAAAAAGCUGAAGAAGCCAAUGAACAUUUCAAAGCCGGCAAGGCUGAAGUUGAAGAAAAGAGAAGUAAUCUAGAAAAUUUCAAAAGUGUCAUUUUAACACAGCUACGGGAACAAAUUUAUCAAUGUGAUCUCACACUAAAAGCUGCAACAGUCAACCUUUUCCAGAUGCACCAUGCCCAAGAAGUGUCUAUUCCAGUUGAUUACCAACACCUUUGUGAAAGUGCCAAGCUGUAUGAUCCAGGAAAAAUGUUAUUUGAAUAUGUGAAGAAUUUGCCAAAAUAUGAUGCUCCUACUGAGUCUGCUUGCUUUGAAACUCAGGCUUCCCAGGUUGAAGGAGUUUUUGGUGAACAGUCAAACAAUGUUUCUGCAUCCCAAGGAAGCAUACCUCAGUGCUCAAGAGAUUAUCCUAUUCCGUUACUAGAUGAUACUACAAGCCCAGCCUAUCUUUGCUCUCAAAAAAUUGGAGACAAAAGAUCUUUGAGUAAUACAGAUGUUUCUGGUAAUACUUCAAUUGAUCAUUUAUGUAGUGUGCGAGGCCCACCACCUUUUAGAUCCUGGUCAGUUGGUAAUCAAAGUGGGGGAAUGUGCAGUGAUUCUGAAAGUGCAGGAGGAAGCAGUGAAUCACGAUCUGUGGAUUCUCCAUCUGCUAGCCCAGUAGGUGACUUUAAAAGACUUCCUCGUACACCAUCUAUUGGGACCAUGUCAUCUGCAGAUGACCUUGAUGAGAGAGAGGCACCUUCACCUUCUGAUUGUGGUUUAAAUGACCUAGCAGCUGAAAUUGCCAGUACACCUGGACCUUUUCGAAACACUCUCCUGUCUAAGGCAGCACAGACACACAAACUUCGGAAGCUGAGGUCGCCAUCCAAAUGCAGGGAAUGUGAUAGUCUGGUUGUAUUCCAUGGAGCAGAAUGUGAAGAGUGCUCGCUUUCCUGUCACAAAAAAUGUUUGGAGACUUUAGCUAUUCAGUGUGGGCAUAAGAAGCUUCAUGGAAAACUUCAUUUGUUUGGGGUAGAAUUUACUCAAGUUUCUAAAAAUAGUCAAGAUGGUAUCCCUUUCAUCAUAAGAAAGUGUACCUCUGAAAUUGAAAGCAGAGCCUUAAAUAUGAAGGGGAUAUAUCGUGUGAAUGGCGCCAAAUCCAGAGUUGAAAAACUUUGUCAGUCAUUUGAAAAUGGGAAAGAUUUGGUAGAAUUAUCUGAACUUCAUGCGCAUGAUAUAAGUAAUGUCCUUAAAUUAUUUCUUCGCCAGCUCCCUGAACCUUUGAUUUUGUCUCGAUUUUACAAUGAAUUCAUUGGACUUGCAAAAGAAAGCCAGAAUAUUAAUGGGGAACUUGAUAUGAAACAGAUGAGACCAAAAUCAAACAAACAGCAGCCAGUUUGCAUUGAAUUGAAUAGGAUCAUACUUAAAAUUAAAGAUCUACUGAGAUUGCUACCUACAGUGAACUAUAACACUCUGAAGUUUCUUUUAGCUCAUCUUUGCAGAAUCCACCUGUACUCUUGAAAGAAAACUCAGUCUUGGCAAGCAAAAUUCUUCUUCAGAAUCUACUCCUGUCUUGGCUUUGGAAAAUGAAACAGUUCCCAUAAAAGAAUCAGAAAAUAAAGCGACUCCAGUUUCAGAUCAAGACAAUGGGAAGCAUGACUUUGAAACCGAUGGUGUUAAAAGUGAUCAGUUAAUAAGACAUAAACGUCAUAUAACCAAAGUUCAGAUGCGCUGUCAAAGGUCCAAGCCAUUUUUUCGUCCUGUGAGUUUACCUUUAGGAUCGAUGCUUCCUUCUUGUACUUUAAAUGAACAAAACUUCCAGGAUUCAAGUCUGAACCCAGACAAGCUUGGGAAAAGUCUUAUUAUUGAAGACAUUUCUGAGACACAGUCACUUCCCUCUGCUAACGCUGGCUCUAGAAUCUCUUGUUAUGACCCACAAACUCUGAAAAAGACUUGGGACAAGCAAUAUAAACAGUAUGACAUGACGUCAAAAACAGCAAAGAUUAUGACCAAUAUCCAGGAAAACCUAACCCAGGAAUCUAUACAUACAUGUGCCUUAAACCCACCUGGCAACGUUGUUCAUAAUUCAGUGAAUGCCAUACUUCUUUGUAAGCCAUGUACAGGACGGAUCCCAACUAUAAAGCCUGCGGGAGAAGCUCAUUGCCCAGCCUCGUCUCCUGUUGGCAGUUUGAAAAAGCCAAGAUGUUUCCAGCCGCCAGGAGGAACCUUUUAUAGACCAUCACCCAACAAUAAUGCCAAACCAAAUGAUGAGACUUCUGCGUCCAAACGCUGUGCAGCAAUAACCCAUAACGACAUGCCAGGACUAGGUGUGAAUCCUGGCCUUGAUCACAGCUUUUUGGAUUCCUCCAGCCAACAGAGAAAGCAGCCAAAACCCAAUUUUGAAACCGUGUCCCCUACAGAUUUGAAGCCCGCUUAUCAGAGAUUAAGGCCAAAGCGGGUGCAAGAACUGGAACACAGGGAAGCUCAUUUUGUGUAAGGCACUCAAAACUUCUGGAGUAGUUUUUUUUUUUUUUCUUGAGGAUUUCACCUUUGUGCCAUAUUGAAAUUAUUUUUAUAAAUAUCUGUACAGGCAUUUUAAAACAAGCUGUGAAGACUAUUGAAGUUAAUUUUUUAUUGUUAUUAUUAUUAUUUCAUUUUUCUCGAGAGUAUUUAAAUGCAUUCCAAAUGUAUGAGCAGCUAAUACGAAGUGCACUCAAAGAAACCUUAUAAUCUACUUCAUUUGUUCAAUUGUAUUUUUUCUCUCAUGAAAGCCUACUUACGAGUGCAGCAGUGAAAGGAGCCCAUAUCCAAGAAUAAAUUGUUUAUUAAGACUGCAGAGUAUGAAUGAAAUAUAGAUACUUAAUUUAAGAAUAAACCAAAGCUUGAAGCAUUGCUCUAAGUGUCUGUAUUUAGUUUUUUCUCUACUCUGGACAAUUAAAUGCUCUCCAGUUCACUGAAACAAACAGUCUCAAGUCACAAACAGAAAUACUGGAUAUGAAAGCAUAAUUUGACACUAAUGGUCAACUUGGCUGAGAAAGUAUGCAGCAAACUGUUUGGAGCUGGAAUAAUAAGUGUCACUUUCCUGUUUUAUCUGUUUCCUGUAUGAUGUUCGAUCCAGAAGUAGUUUAAGAGUCUCAGUGUUCACAAUGAAUUAACAAAGUUUCACCUAUGCUGGUUGUGUUGUUCUUUUACUCCCUUUUGUUUCAUUUAUCCUUUAUUCCUGUUUUAUGUUACCAUAUGUACCAUAUGUAAUAUUGGCCAGUGACUGAAGUAAAGUAUUUUGACAAAGUUA